GAGAGAGAGAGAGAGAGAGAGAGAGAGAGAGAGAGAGAGAGAGAGUGAGUGAGUGAGUUUUCCUAACCUUAAUAGUGGUCAACUUUGUUGGCUAAUAUUUUGCUUCGCAGUAGAGAGCGACGAUUUUGUUAGAUAAAAAAGUUGUUUCUCGUGCAAAAACACGUCGAUUGAGCCUACUUUCAUCGAAAUCGGAGAUGAGGGGUCUAAACUGCCAGACAGCACAAAUAUCAAAAAUCGAGUCAUAAGACGUCUUUAGGACGUCUUUAAAACAUCUUUAAGAUAAUACUUUAUAAACUUGUCUUAAAGAUGUCUUAAAGACUUCUUAUGACUCGAUUUUGGACAUUAUGCUGUCUGGGUGAAUAAUUACUGAUGUUUAUUUUAUGUUUUAUGACAUUUAUUAUUAAAUGUAUUCAGACAACAUAAUAAACAAUAUAAUUGUGACAUUGCUUUUAAAUUUUAUAUAAUCCUUUCUGUCUGUGAAACAAAAUAAUUUAUAAGAAAUAUAUAAAACAUGAAAAUAUGUCUAAACAAUAAAUUUAAAAGACUACUAAAACUUGUCUGAUAUUAGUCAUCUUAUAGGUUACGAAACUAAGCUACAAUAAUAUUAGUUGUCUUAUAGGUUUCAAAUAUAAGAUAGGGAUAUUGUGGGACUUUUUUGGGGCCAUAGACGUCAUUUAGUCAUCUUUUCGUCGACUAUACGCUCUACCAAAAGGACGUCCAUAUGGAAAUUCUGCCAAAUUUUAGUCAACUUUUAAACAUCUAUGUGCUGUCUGGAUCUGGCAGACGUUACACUGCUGGAAGAGCUUUCAAAGCUGACAAUAGAAGUAGCCAGAUAUUCCAGGGGAUAACACAGGAAGAUAAUUUGAACAUAACAGAAUUAUCAUAAAUCUGGCACAGCUUGAGUCGACGGUGAAGGGUGCAAGUGUUGCAUCGGUGGAUUCGGUUCAGGUCGAUCGAUUUGAAGAUAAGACAACGAUCAACCAUAUACAAAUGCUUGCAAAAUGUGAUUUUACGAAAGCAGAGUUGACGGAUGCGAUAGAAUAUUUUCGUGAUGUCCUAAUACAAUUUGAUAUUAUUAAUAAUAAAGCGUCAAAGACAUUUUCAAAUAAUGCCAAAUUGAUUGGCGGAAAAUUAUUUGAAAAAUUUUUAAAACUGUUAGGACAGCAUGCCAUAUCGGAGGAAGUAGAAUAUUAUAUAGCAGAAGGACAAGAUGACGUGGCUAAAGAAGACGCUACUAAUGAUAAUGAUAAUGAUAAUGAUAAUGAUACUACUCCUGAAGGCGACGCUACUCCUGCAAACAAGCCUCAUACGAGUCAAAGUGUGGAAGAAGACUACGAACCUCCACGUAAAGUUACAGCAAUCGACCCAGUGCCAUAUGAGGAGAAGUUAAAGAUAGUUUUGUUCGCUAAUGAACAUCCGCAUUGGAGCUUCCGUUCAUUACAAAAACGUUUUAAAAAGCAUUUGCGUAAUAAUUGUGACCUUGCACGAUUCCGUAACUACAUUUUGUCAGGCGGAACUUUCUGGGACAAGAUGAAAAUAAUAAAACGGAAUGUGUACGACAGAUUUACGGAGGCAAGAAAACAAAAACAGCUCGUUACACGACGUCUGCUUCAACAGUGGGCGAUGACUGAAGCCGUUCAAUACAACGGAAAAGGAACGAAGAGCGCAAAAGAUGGUAAUGCUUUCCGUUUUGUAGCAUCAAAUUCAUGGUUAACCUCAUUUAUACGCGAGUAUAAAAUUUCUAGCCGUCGAGUUGUUCGAUAUAUAUCAAAAAAAGAAAUUGUAUCACCAGAAUCUGUGAUGGAAUCCACCAUACACUUCCAAUAUUUAAUUAAAGCUAUGUUACCGGAUUACGAUCCGGAUUUCAUAAUAAAUUCUGACCAAAUGGACUGCGAAUAUAGAAUUAAUGUAACACGAACUUACACGCAUACUGGUGAAAAAUUGGUGCAAUUAUACAUCGGCGAUCUUAAUAAAAUAUCCCAUACAUAUACUGUACAGUAUUCCUUAACAAAAUCCGGCAAACUAUUAAAUAAGGUGUUUGUUUGCUUGCAAGAGUAUUCCGACAGUUUUGGAGUACGGGUGCAGAAAGAGAUAGAUACGUUAUUACAAUUAUGUAAGAAUGUCGUUGUUGUCUGCUCCAAAUUCGGGAAAUUAACAACACAUCUCUACCAACAAUAUUUGAAAUUGGUUGUUAAGCCGUACGUUGGCAAUAAUAAGUUUUUAUUUCUUGUUGAUGCUUGGGGAGGACAAAAGAACAUUCAAACAUACAACGAAAUAUUCCGCGAUGACGACAAUAAGCCGACAUGUAAUUUACAAAUAAUACCAUCUAAAUGUACACCAAUUUGUCACCCGUGCGAUGUUUAUUUUUAUAGGCAGGUGGAAAUUCUUAUCAAGCAGAUACACGAUUGUUCAUUUUUAUUUGCAAGCAGCAAAAGUAUAAAUUUGGAUACUCGUGCUGAUGCGAUUCGUAUACAAUCGCUCACGCACUAUAUAUUAUCAGCACCGGUAUUCAAGUUUAUGUUGCAAUAUGCGUGGUAUGCCUCAAAUUUAGUUGAAAAUCGCAAUAUCUUUCAUAAUGUGAAUCAAAUAUGUUUUCCACUAAAUAUACAUAAUCAGCGUUGUAUUUGUGCACAAAAUAAUGCAUUCAUUGCGUGUAGUUGGUGCAAAAAUUUGUUAUGUUUCCCUUGCUUUUAUAUAGCAUUCCAUCCACAACAUUGCGACAAAAUGACAGAAACUUAUAAUGUAUAAGUUUUACAAACAAGUUUUAUUAUGUGAAAUUAUUAUAUACAAUAUUUUGAUACGAAAA